GCGUACAUGUUAUGUAACUCGUUUGCUUGGAUUUUUGUUCCCACUGUACUUCACCUGUCGCUUCCCCCGCCGCCUCACCUGCAGCUUCUUUUGCCCCUUUCUGGGAAGGCGUCAUUGCGCGGAUUGCAGUUGAGGCUGCCUCACGUGAAGCCCCAUUUGGAUUGCUCCCCCGAUUGUGCGUAAUAAGCAUAUUACCUUUGCGCCCCUGUUUUAUAUUCCCAUCCGCGUGAGAAGUACACGACAGGUCACAUUCAAAGGAGAGGCGUAUCGUGCAGAACUACCCUCCUGCAUAGUCCCCACCCGAUGAGGCACUCAACCCGUACUGAAGUGUAGAACGUUUUGAGUUUGCCCCUCUCUCUCCGUCUGUGUGUUUGUAGCCUGCACACGGAGAGCGGCAUUUUUGAAGCCCCCUUUUGCGUGACUCUUUUUGGUGACCCCCAGUUGACCCCCUGAAGGAUGGCGACCGCGGCGGAGGAAAUCAGCGGGCUGCUGGGCGAAAACGAACACGCGCUGAUCGGCGAACUGCAGGGGAAGUAUGACUUCAUAAAUUUCAACGAAAUAAAGAAUUACAAAGAGAAGAAGUUCCACCACGAGCUGACGUUGGAAGUACAAAAAUUUAUUAACAAUAAAAACGUACAGGUGAAGGAUAAAUUUAGGCUUUUCUACACGUACCUCUCCCCCCUGAUAAGCAAGCUGAAGAAGACGGUCUACGCAGAGUUGCUUUACAUCGUGACGGCCAAGUUCGACGCUAACUGGACUAUUUGCUAUUUGAAAGAAUCGGAGAAGCAUUUGGAAAAUGACAAAGACGCGAUCAUCAUAUAUAGGUGUAUCCUCAUUCUGAAGUACAUCGAAUUGGGUGAUUUUAAAAGUUGCGAAAAUGAAAUCGAAACUACAAAGAAUCUCCUCCAGGGGGUCAUCGGAUUGAAUGUAGUGGCACAUAAAUUUUACAAUUUUGCCAUCAUGAAUUACUAUAAAGUGUUAAGCAAAUCUGACCUGUUCGUUAAGUAUGCCCUGCUGUACUUAGCAUAUACCCCCCUGAAUGAUUUGGACGAGGCAGAGAAAAUAGAUAUAGGCACCCACAUCUGCAUGCACUCCAUAAUAAGUGAAGAUGUAUAUAACAUAGGGGAGAUCAUCCAGUUGCCACUCAUCAAUGUUUGUUUAAAGAACAAUGAGCAGACCCACUGGCUCUACCAACUCAUUUAUAUUUACAAUGAAGGCAACAUAGAUCUUUUCAACCAAGUGGUACAGACGUACGAGGCGAAUAUUAAGAACUCCCUUUUGAAGGACUACGAGAGGAAUAUGCUUAAGAAAAUUACCCUCCUAGCCCUUAUGGAUUUAGCCUUUAAAAAGAAGAAGCAAAGAUCUGACCUUUCAUUUGAGGAGAUUGCACAGCACUGUAAAGUGGACGUAAACGAAGUGGAGAAAAUGCUCAUCACCGCUAAGAGCAAAAAUAUUAUAACUUGCCAAAUUGACGAAAUUCAAAAGUUGGUAAAAAUUACGUGGGUGAAGCCACGGGUGCUCAACGAUGAAAAAGUUUUCUUCAUGAAGGAGAGCAUAGACAAGUGGAUCACCCACUCGAAGAACUUGCUCACCUACAUGGAGGACCUCUCCGUCGAGCUGUUGAUAUCGUAG